GGGAACUUGGAGGGGGAAGGUCGGAGAAGAGAGGGCGUGGUCCGCGCUCGCCUCAUCCACACUAGGAGCUGAAGCGACUGCGUGUGCGUGUGCCGUAGAGGGGGCUGUAUGGUCGUGUCCCUGUGACAGGUGUUGCGGAGAUACCCUCCACAGUGGAAGAGCUCAGAUCCGGAGACGCUGGUGUUUUACUGCGGCCCAGAGCAAGGAUGGGCAGUCCGGUAUUCAGGAGACCUUUCUGCCAUCUGUCCACCUAUAGCCUGCUCUGGAGCAUGGCAGCAGUAGCGCUGAGCACAGCUCAAGUGGAAGUGGUGACCCAGGAUGAAAGAAAGCUGCUGCACACAACUGCAUCCUUACGCUGUUCUCUAAAAACAACCCAGGAACCCUUGAUUGUGACAUGGCAGAAAAAGAAAGCCGUAGGCCCAGAAAACAUGGUCACUUACAGCAAAGCCCAUGGGGUUGUCAUUCAGCCCACCUACAAAGAUAGGAUAAACAUUACUGAGCUGGGACUCUUGAACACGAGCAUCACCUUCUGGAACACAACCCUGGAUGAUGAGGGUUGCUACAUGUGUCUCUUCAACAUGUUUGGAUCUGGGAAGGUCUCCGGGACAGCUUGCCUUACUCUCUAUGCCCAUAGUACACCUUCACUACAACUAUUUUGAAGACCACCUAAACAUCACGUGCUCUGCAACUGCCCGCCCAGCCCCUGCCAUCUCCUGGAAGGGCACUGGGUCAGGAAUUGAGAAUAGUACUGAGAGUCACUCGCAUUCAAAUGGGACUACAUCUGUCACUAGCAUCCUCCGGGUCAAAGACCCCAAAACCCAGGUUGGAAAGGAAGUGAUCUGCCAGGUUUUAUACUUGGGGAAUGUGAUUGACUACAAGCAGAGUCUGGACAAAGGAUUUUGGUUUUCAGUCCCACUGCUGCUGAGCAUUGUUUCUCUGGUAAUUCUUCUGGUCUUGAUCUCCAUCUUAUUAUACUGGAAACGGCACCGAAAUCAGGAGCGGGGUGAGUCAUCACAGGGGAUGCAAAGAAUGAAAUAAGGUAAAUAUUCUUUUCUUUAUAAUAACUUGUGGUUUGUUUCAGUAUGUAAAUAAGGGGGCAGCAUUGUUAGAUUUAUUUUUUAUAAAUACAUGAAUGCCAGUGCUGUUUAAGAAAAGCUACAAGCUUGCUUUCUUGCAAGUGGACAUUUUGGCUUUCCAUUUUCUGGGAUGUUUUAAAGGCUAUUUCAUAAGUGAAAAGUAAGAACUCUUAGAAAGAAAAUAGGAGUAUAGUGAUUGGAUAAUAGUGGAAUAUUGUGAAACCAGAUAAAAAAAAUCCUGCACCCACACAGGACCUCUUCACAUGCUAAUAAGGCCAAUCUUUCCUUCUUUUACAUCAAGCCACAGCCAUCUGACCAGUUAAAAGACUGAAAUUGCCCAAUACCAUCUCAUAAAGAGCACUUCCUAUGCUGCACUCUCAUGAUUCCUCAAACACUCUCCACAUACAAGUGGUUCACACAUGUUCUUGUUAUUUCAUAUUAUUCUUCAUGCCUUUCCAGGCUGUGAGUUUCUCUUCAUCCUCCACCACCAACAUUGGCCACAGUAUCAUAUACAUAUUGCCAUAUAUAAUAUAUAUUCCAAUAAUUAUAUAUAUAUUGCUCCAUAAAUGUUCAUUUAUUAAGUGAGUGAACAGAUGCAACUAGCAUGAGUAAGAUAUUUUCCAAAUUCACUUCUUCUUGCAGUACCUUAUGAACACCAGCCAAGUCUUAGAUAUUGUAAAGCAUCAAAUAAGAUUGCCACUAAAACAAGAGACAUGAGCUAUAUCUCAGGAAACAAACGCAUUUCUUUGCUUUCUGAAGCCUGUGCUUGACUUAUUAAGCACAAAGCUGGGAUUUUUUUUUUCUUUGAAAUGGGAAUUUCCUAGGGUUAAGAAGGGGUAGUGUGAGAGUUCCUUCCAUCUUAGAUAACUGAACUUCAGGGUCAGGGAAGAAAAAAAAAACAGUUGAUCUUAAAGUAAUAUUUUAGAUUUUGAUUUAAAAAUCUAAUCUCAAAUUCUACCUCAUUUCCCUUUUCACUUUAUGGUUCCUGGGCUGUUGUUGUUGUUGUUGUUGUUGUUGUUGUGUGUGUGUCCUCACAAUGUUUUUGAUCACUUAUCUUGCCUAAAUCUUAAACACCAGAUUACUUCAUAUGAAUUUGCAAAAUGAGCAAUGAGCCUCAAAUAUCUGUUCCCCUU